GGAGUUUACGGGAAGCACUUGAACGUAGCACAACAUUCAACCAGCACUCCAGCGGCUGAGAGCUGACAAGAUGCAGACUAUAAAGUGUGUGGUGGUGGGUGAUGGUGCUGUGGGGAAGACUUGUCUGCUCAUCUCCUACACCACCAACAAGUUUCCCUCUGAAUACGUCCCCACGGUUUUUGAUAACUAUGCAGUGACAGUGAUGAUUGGCGGGGAGCCGUACACUCUGGGACUGUUUGACACUGCAGGUCAGGAGGACUACGACAGGCUGCGACCCCUCAGCUACCCUCAGACCGACGUCUUCCUUGUCUGUUUCUCUGUCGUAUCGCCUUCCUCUUUUGAGAACGUCAGAGAGAAGUGGGUGCCGGAGAUUUCACACCACUGCCCGCGGACGCCCUUCCUACUGGUCGGGACUCAGGUGGAUCUGAGAGACGACAGCAACACUCUGGAGAAACUGGCCAAGAACAAACAGCGAGCCCUGUCCUGUGAGAGCGGGGAGAAACUGGCCCGUGACCUCAAGGCCGUCAAAUAUGUGGAGUGUUCAGCUCUUACACAGAGGGGACUGAAGAACGUGUUUGACGAGGCCAUCCUGGCAGCUCUGGAGCCUCCAGACAACAAACCCAAGAAGCGCUGCUCCCUGCUAUAGACAAGAGGACACAAGAGGAGGAGGAGGAGGAGGAGGAGGAGGACGGGGUAGACUGGGUAGACACAUGUUUAGACACAGUGCCUUCAGCCGUAGUGACUUAAUGUGGGUGUGGUGUUGGAACAGAAGGGCUCUCGACAGGCUUUAUUUUCAUCAUAGAUACGUGUCGCUAUAAUAUGACUAAUACAUUUGAGCAACACUCCUCACUAACCAGGAAACAGAGUUUUAAUUAUAGGAGGAGGCAGGUUGAUCAAUAGAGAGGUUUGGACCUCAGAUGCCUUUAAAGAUACAAACAGUGGAUGGAGUCACUGUUACAGCUGAAACUGGCAACCACCGUCUCAAAAUGAUGACAUUUCUCAAAAGAUUUUUACUCAAGUCUUAGUUUAAGAAUAGAAUAAAAUGUCUGAAAGUAAUUUUUUGGGUUUGGUCAGUGUACACAGUUGUAGCUGCCCUGUUAUGUUUAUUGAAAUCUAUUGUGAACUUGAGCUGCUUUAUCACAACUUCUUUUCUCUUCCACCUCAGUCAAACUAAAAAAGAACUGUCUGUUUAUUUUAUUUCUAGCAUUUCCAGGUCAAAGAACAACAAACUGGAAAGGCAUUGAAAUAUAUUGUUGCAUUUUCACAGUACAACUACGAACUUUUGUGGAUUUAGAUUUGUCCGGAAUCACACCGUCAAAUCAACAUAAUUCUUGGAAAAACUUUGAAAAUUGAGUUGACAGCUACAUUGUCACACUUAUAACUGAUAAAAAAUGUGUCUGAACUCCUGGGUCAAAAGUCAGAUUAAGUUUUAUCUUUGUUCCAGCAGGCUGAAUUCUUAUAUAUAACCUAGUAAUAAAAAUGAUGCAACAUCAAUGGUAUUUUCUACCGACCACCACUCUGAUUUAAAACAAAGAGAAGAGGAGCAGGUGGAGCAGAAAUAAAGUAAAACAAUAAUGCUGGUUUUAUUUUAAAGAGACGGACAUUAACCAGUGUACCAGGGCUUCAACAGUCAGAGCGUUGAGAGUGUUGUUGCUAAAAACAAAAAUGGUGUUGACUGUAACCUGACUUUACCCAUAUCAUUAAAAAGAGUUUCAUAUUACUUGGAUCAAAACUGGCAAAUUAUAGUUUCAGUAGAGCUUUACUGACUUCUGCUGCUAAGUCUAAAAGACAAUAUGCACGCAUGUACAUGCAGUGAUUAAUAAUGCCGACAUGCAUAUUUGCAAUAAUUUAACAAGAGCAAUGAUUGAAGCUGCAAACUCGACAGCCUUGCUAUCAUGGGUAAAACGGUGCUUUCCAAAAAUGUAAUUUGUUCAGAAAUAAAUUAUUUAGACCUUUUUUAUUUGGAACAGAAAUAGGUUGAGUCAAAGACAAAUGGUCAGACACUUUCCUCGAGCCAUCUGGCAACAAAACAUGGAGUAAUCACAAAAUUUGGACGUAAUAAUGUUUGAUUGUCACUAUGGCCUCGGCUUUUCAAAAGUCCUUUCUCUGCAGUCACGCUGCCUUUUCUCUCCGCUGCCGUCUCACUGUGGUCACAUCCUGAAACCUCAAACUCCACAUUCACUAGAGAGUCAUUCACUUUCAACUGCAAACUCACCAAAUAUAAAAUAUUUAAGUUGUUAUUUAUAAAAUUUUAACAUCAAUAAAUUAAUACUGUAUUCAUUUUGAGACAAAAAAAAAGAGUCGGCCUCAAUGCUUUAUUUUCUGUUGUUGAAGACCCUGCUGUGUCACUUUAUGGCCCAAAUCAGGGAAGAACACAGAGAUAAGGCUGUCAGAUCUUCUGCUCAUGAAAAUGAGUGAAAGCCAAAAAAACCAGGAUUUGGUUUUUAUCUAAAAAGUCCACUGACGUGAGAUGGAGGCCACUAGACCAAAGUGGUUUACAGUAAUGAAACUCAAGAAUCUUUUAAAAGGAUAUUACACAUAAGAUAGUCCUAUUAAGGCACUGUCUGAUAAAAGUAGCCUUAAUUUUACAGAUCAUAGCUGUAAGUGCCUUAAAAUAUUUUUUUUCUCUUCAAGAAAGCUGCCUUCUUGCUUUUUUACCUUAAAUCUGUUCAUUAACUUGUUUUUCCACUUUCUGGCUGAGCCAAGAUGUCAGGAAAUUCUAUAUUUUGAAAUCUAUUUAUGGCUAAAACACGUUUUUUUUUUUUUCAGGGGAGGAUUAUUGACUUAAAGAUGACAUCCUAAAUAUUCGUCAGUACAACCCUUAGCUUAGCACAAAGGCUAAAAACCGGGGGGGGGGGAACAGCUAGCCUGGAUCUUAGGGUGACAAAAUCCUAAUUUCUUUGUUUUUACGGUUCUGUUUUUGUACAGAUUAAACAAAAGAGAAAUACGGUUUUAAUUAGUGAACGUUGGAAGAGCUAGUAGUUGCUUUUCUUGGUGGUUAGCACGGCUAGCUGUUUCUCAUUAUUUCCAGUCUUUAUGCUAAGCUAAGGUAGGCAUCUUAUUUCACGGCCUCAGUUUCCUAGAAGUAGCAGAAAAACAUUAAAAAUGAAGCCAACACUGUUAAAAACAUUUUUAAUGUCACACAUGUUAAACUCUUCUCACUGACUCUCCUUAGAAACAACAAACUGUCACUCUCCACUUUUGCUUCAGCUUUUACUUCAGAAAAUGAUAAAUCCCAUUGCCCUUUUAACAUAUUGCUAAAUUGAAUCUAAAUUUUCAUGGCUAAUGCUGUUAAAGCAGAUGUUGCUAAAGAGCAAACAUUUCAUUGACCUCCUUCACUGACCUUUGUCCACUCCGGCUUGGCUCUCCUCCUGGCCUGUCUGGAACCUCUAGUGCUGGUUGGUGUGUUGGCGCCUCCCGGAGGCUUUAAAGGGGAGUACCGCUCAGUUUAAAAGUGCAUCUUGGUUGGUUCUUUGGCCCACGGCGGACUAAUCAAUGUUUGUGGGCAUUAAAAACCUUAACUAAACCCCAGAAAUCUGUUUACCUGUAAUGUCAUCAGUUAACAGACAAUAGGUUUUAGAGUAACACAGAGCCGUUGUUUGAGCAGUUUUGUCCAAAUUAGCUUUGUUUUCUUAGAGCUUUGAGUCUUUUCCGAGUCAUUUACUUCAAAAUUACAUGUAACAAAUAAAACAGUUCAUUAACUGGAGAUCAGAGGACUAGUGUUUCUGAUUAAAGUGGAAUAACUGAUGAUAUAUUUUUGUAUAAUAGAUUAUAUUUUCUGGUGGGGAGUCUUUAAUGCUUGUGAGCCAAAGAAAUGAUUGAACCCCUUAAACUGAGGUACUGCCCCAUUAAAAUGAACAAAAAAUCCAUUUUUUGUCACUGUUUUAGAGAUUACAGUUUAUUCUGAUAGCGUAUGGAUAAUUACAAGUAUUAUAUUUUAUUUUUCUCUGUUCCUUUUUGUUUCUUGGGGAACAUUGUUUUAGCAGUUUUUUAAACUUUUCUUUUUUAGAUAGGCUAUUUGUACUAUUACUUGACGGUUGAGUGCCAACGGUUUGAGAGAGUCACCUGCCUCGUUUGACAAACUAAACAAUCCUCAUAAUAAGCUUCUAAUGACAGGAAAAAAAAGGUGCAGAGCAGCAGCUGCAAAUGUUACAGAUGUAGAAAAGGGCUGUGUAUUGAAAGAAGAAUGUAGGAACUGGUGGGUGUUCGGAAAUAAUAAAAACAGUACUUGAA